AUGCUACAAGGCCGCUAUCAUCCAGAAUUAGCUGAUCAGCAUCUCUCACCAAAUGAUGAAUUUAAACUUUUAGCUCAAAUCUAUAAACCACAAAUUAACGAUGAAAAACAUGAAUUAUUAAGACAAGAAUUGUUAUUUUCAAGUUCAAUCAACGCAGUAAAAUAUCUUUGUUCAUAUGAAUCACAAACAUCAACACAAAAUAGAUAUAAAUUGGAUGACAUAAAGUUUUUAUUACCAAAUACAGUUCGUCUUAGUAUGCAUAACAAACCAUCAAGCGAUGCACAUUUUUUAAUAAAAUGUGGAGCGAAUUUGCAUCGACAGCCGUGGCAUGGAACAGGUGGUUUAAGAUUAAGUAGUGAUAGAGGACAACGAUCAAUAUCAUUCGAAGUUUGA